CUCCAUCUCCUUUUCUGCUCUAUUUGAUUUCCAGUUCAACCAUGGUUCCUUUGAUUUGCCUAUUGCUUUUCUUGGUCAUGACUGGCCAUUCAAGUGCUACUUAUUGUUUAUGUAAAGAUGGAGUGAGUGAACAAGCUCUUCAAACAGCCCUGGAUUAUGCGUGUGGAAACGGAGUAGAUUGUUCUGCAAUUCUCCAAAAUGGUGCAUGCUAUAAUCCCAACACAGUGAAAGAUCACUGCAACUAUGCUGUGAAUAGUUAUUUCCAGAACAAUGGUCAAGUUACAGGAAGCUGUGAUUUUGCUGGAGCUGCUACAGUUAGUCCAAAUCCUCCUACCAAUAUUGCUUCUACUUGCACCUAUCCAUCAAGUAGCACUGGCACUGGCAUUGGCACUGGUCCUGGUCCUGGCACCGGCAUCGGUACAACUCCGACGACCGGGAUUCCGACUGGAACGAGCACCGCCUUUGGCCCAAGCGGAUCAACGAGCAUCAACCUUCCAAAUCAUGCGGUUGCCGUCGUCUUCAUGAGCGUUAACAACAUUUUCUUCACUUUUUUCGUCACUCUUUGGAUUGUAACGCGAGGCUUUUGACUUUUGAUAUAGCAUAAAA